AUGAGGGGAAGUGGUAUUUCUGACGAAUAUAGUUACUUCAAAGGAUCAUCGCCUUUUCAGCGAGGAUAUGGCAGUUCACAAAGAGGUGCAGGAAUUGGAGAUGUAAUGCGAGGGCUUUGGCGUUUCUUCCUCCCAAUUAUUAAACAAGCUGGUACUACAGUGGCAGGGGAAGCACUAAAUACUGGCCAAAGGGUAUUAGAGAGAGUAAAUCAGGGAGAGCCACUUAAGGCAGCUCUAAAGGAAGAGGGAAGGAAGGGAAUCGAUAAUGUUUUAGACAAAGGAGGAUUACCAAAACAAUUUGGUACUGGUCGUAAGAAGGGUAUAAAAAGGAACGCUAUACCGUCAUAUCAAACAAUUAUUGGCAAAAAAGUUAAAAAACGCGUAAGAUCAGACGCCUUUGGACUUUAUUAA